UCUUGUACUGUACUCACCGCAUGGUUCCCUACCGGGACUUCGGCGGUGGGUCCUUCACUCGCUCCAGGUGAAGGACCUGCUGCCGAAAACCUGGAGCGAGUGAAGAGACACACACACACACACACACACACACACACACACACACACACACACUGCCAAAGUGCUGCCGAGGACCCUGUAGUGAACUGGUUCCUAGGAUUUUGGGAGCUUAUCACUCCACAGGGGAUGGCAAGAGCGCAAGCACUAGAGCGCCUGGCUUCCCUGCCAUGUGAUGCGGUGGGGGAUGCUGGGACAUGUAGUCCAAGGGCCUAACCCAUACGUGGUCUGUGUAAAGUGAUGCAUGCUGGGGUCUUAACACCUCCGCUUUGCUUCCUGGCUGCUGCUUUGGUGCAGUAUGGAGACUUUGCUUCCCAGCAUGCAAUAUGUGCCCCCUUAUCCCAUGUGGCUGGAAUGACCUGCCGCUGCAUGCCGGGAGGUUCGCUCUGCAGAGCAGGAUUAAAUUGCAGCUAUGUUUUUUUUCCAUCCCGUCAUCUUUUGUUGGCCAAAUGGCUCAAAUUACAACAUGUAAUACAGGAUUCUGUACCCUAGGCAUGGACUGUGGCUUGUCUACUGGACUAAAAGGCCAUGUGACCUUAAGGUUUAGCUGUAAAUGUAGACUUCAUGAGUCAUUUAGCUACUAACUUGUAAGGGAUUUUGUCCUAUCAGAUAAGCUUUUUUGGUUCACUCUGAGGCCACAUGGUAUCCUGUGCAUGUUGCGUGCCUUUGUUCUAGUAGCUACUCUGCAACUCAACUCCACAUUAAUUAUUGAUACUUUGCACGUAAGCAAAUAGAAACAUGAGCUACUAAACUCAUGAAGUUUAAAUCUUGCUACUGUUGCUAAUGUUUUUAUUUUUUUUUAAAAAGGAAAACAUAAGUUCCACUAACUUCUAUCUUGUACCUGAUGUAGGUCAUUUUUAAACAUGGGCUAACAAACUGAAGUGUUUAUGUGUAGUAAACAAGCUUCUUAUUACAGGCAAAAUGUCUAAGGGGCCAGCAGUUGGAAUUGAUCUUGGCACCACAUAUUCCUGUGUUGGUGUCUUCCAACAUGGCAAGGUGGAAAUCCUUACCAAUGAUCAGGGUAACAGGACCACGCCAAGUUAUGUUGCCUUCACAGAUACAGAGAGGCUGAUCGGCGAUGCUGCAAAGAACCAAGCUUCAAGGAAUCCUACUAACACAGUCUUUGGUGCAAAGCGGCUGAUUGGUCGUAGAUUUGAUGGUGCUGUUGUCCAGUCUGACAUGAAACAUUGGCCUUUCACUGUUGUGAAUGAUGCUGGCAGGCCAAAAGUCCAGGUCACGUACAAAGGGAAGACCAAAAGCUUCUACCCAGAGGAAAUAUCUUCCAUGGUAUUGACUAAGAUGAAGGAGAUUGCAGAAGCAUACCUUGGGAAGACUGUCACCAAUGCAGUGGUCACAGUACCAGCCAGCUUUAAUGACUCCCAGCGCCAGGCCACAAAAGAUGCUGGAACCAUUGCAGGUCUCAAUGUGCUCCGGAUCAUCAAUGAACCGACAGCUGCUGCUAUUGCGUAUGCUUUGGACAAGAAGGUUGGAGCUGAAAGGAAUGUCCUGAUCUUUGAUCUUGGGGGUGGCACUUUUAAUGUUUCAAUCCUCACUAUUGAGGAUGGCCUCUUUGAAGUAAAGUCAACUGCAGGUGAUAACCACUUGGGUGGGGAGGAUUUUGAUAACCGCAUGGUCAAUCAUUUCAUUGCUGAAUUCAGCCGUAAGCACAAGAAGGAUAUUACUGAGAACAAGAGAGCAGUUAGCCGUCUCCGCACAGCUUGUGAACAUGCAAAGCGUACCCUCUCCUCUAGCACUCAGGCCAGUAUUGAGAUUGACACUCUCUAUGAGGACAUUGAUUUUUACACCUCAAUUACCAGAGCUCGUUUUGAAGAGUUAAAUGCUGAUCUGUUCCGUGGCACUCUGGAUCCUGUGGAGAAGGCCCUGCAGGAUGCCAGACUAGACAAAUCUCAGAUCCAUGAUAUUGUACUGGUUGGUGGGUCCACCCAAGUCCCCAAGAUUCAGAAGCUGCUCCAGAAUUUCUUCAAUGGCAAAGAGUUGAACAAGAGCAUCAAUCCUGAUGAAGCUGUGGCUUACGGUGCAGCUGUUCAGGCUGCCAUCUUGUGUGGGGACAAGUCUGAGAAUGUAGCAGACCUGCUGCUGGUGGAUGUCACUCCUCUGUCUCUUGGUAUCGAAACAGCUGGACGUGUCAUGACGGUCCUGAUCAAGCGAAACACUAGAAUCCCCAUCGAGCAGACUCAGACAUUCUCCACUUACUCUGACAACCAGCCUAGUUUUCUGAUUCAAGUCUAUGAAGGGGAGAGAGCCAUGACAAAAGACAACAACUUGCUGGGCAAGCUUGAGCUGACUGGCAUCCGUCCAGCUCCAAGGGGUGUACCUCAACUUGAAGUAAAAUUUGAUAUUGAUGCCAAUGGCAUCCUUAAUGUGUCUGCUGUGGACAAGAGUACUGGCAAGGAGAACAAGAUCACAAUUACCAAUGACAAAGGUCGCUUAAGCAAGAAAGACAUUGAACGCAUGGUCCAGGAAGCAGAGAAAUACAAAGCAGAAGAUAAGAAACAGCUUGAUAAGGUGUCUUCCAAGAAUUCUCUAGAAUCCUAUGCUUUCAAUAUGAAGGCCACUGUUGAAGAUGAGAAGCUCCAGGGCAAGAUCAGUGAUGAGGACAAACAGAAAAUCCUGGACAAAUGCAAUGAAAUUAUCAACUGGGUGGAUAACAAUCAGGCUGCUGAGAGAGAAGAGUUCGAACAUCAACAGAAGGAGCUGGCGAAGGUCUGCAACCCCAUCAUCACCAAGCUGUAGCAGAGUGCAGGAGGGAUGCCUGGUGGCAUGCCUGUUGCAUUCCCUGGUGGUUGGAGCUGCCCGAUCUGGAGGGGCCUCAUCUGGACCUUGAGGAGGUGGAUUAAAUGCACAGGAAGCAACCUUCCACAGCUGGCUAUUGUAAUAAGAGGAGGCCCUGAAACAAAGCCUUGUAUUAGAGGCCCAGUAUGAAGCCCAAAGCCUGGACUAAAGUAAUGGUCAAGACUUUACUAAUAUAAAGCAAAGUUAAGCUGUGAGCCAGAGGCAGGCCCUGCUCACAGAAGCUGGCAAGGAAAGAGCAAGAUACAGACCUAAAAGGUCCUGGACACCAGGUAUCAGACCGUUCCAAUACUUGCACAUUCCACACAGAUAACAAGGAAGAGGCUGACCCAUCCUGAAGAUGGGCAAAAGGGUAAUAUGAUGGAUAGAGUUGUUUUGUUCAUACCAACAUGUGUACAAGGUGAGAGGCGGCACCUUGCUACGCAGAGGGGUUGUACCUCAAUACGUCAGGACUGAUGUAUAACU